GUUGUCUUUCCCCGAUCAAUUAUGCACUUGUUUACUCUAAAGUCCUCCCUUCAUUGAAAAACAACAAUACACAAAUUUUCACACCUCCUUGCCAAAUCCUCCAUUCCCACGAUGCCACCGCCACUCCUGCCGUCGCGACCACCGCCGUCGCCACCUUCACUUCUAUUGUUAUGUCUCUUGCUAUUAUCAACCACCACCUCCCUCUCUUUGAACCAAGAAGGUCUUGAUUUAAUCAAAAUAAAAUCCACUCUCAUCGAUCCCAGUGGAAUCCUCUCCGACUGGAACCCCGCCGACGACACGCCAUGCAACUGGUUUGGCGUCACCUGCAGCCGCUCCACCGUCACUUCCAUCGAACUCCCCUCCGCCUCCCUCGCCGGCCCAUUUCCCAUCGGUCUCUGCCGUCUACCUUCCUUAUCUAUCGUCUCGCUCAGCGACAACAGUCUCAACUCCACCAUCCCCGCCACCAUCUCCGCCUGCCGCAACCUCACGUCGCUUGACCUCUCUGCAAACUAUUUCGAUGGUCUGCUUCCAUCGACGCUCUCCGACAUCCCAAACUUGGUUUAUCUCAACCUCCAAGACAACAGCUUCUCCGGCGAAAUUCCACGUAGUUUUGGAUUGUUCCGGCGACUAGAAUCACUCAUUCUCAUCAACAACUAUCUGAAUGGAUCAUUCCCUGUUAUUCUCACAAACGUAACCUCGCUUAAAGAACUCAGUGUUGCUUACAAUUACUUUCUUCCUGCUCCAAUUCCUCCUCAACUCGGAAACCUUUCCAACAUCGAACAUCUUUGGCUCAGUUCAUGUAGCUUCGUCGGAACAAUCCCGGAGACAUUUUCGAAAUUACAGAAGCUUUCUGAUCUCGAAUUAUCUUACAAUUCACUCGCUGGUCCAUUCCCAGCUGUCAUUUUCCAACUCAGGAAACUCUACCAACUCGAGCUCUAUAACAACUCACUUUCCGGCGAGUUGCCAAAAAAGGAUUGGUCAAACCUCCCCGAACUGAGAAAAAUCGAUCUGUCGGUGAAUAGUUUCACCGGAACUAUUCCGGUUGAGUUAUGCAAAUUGCCCCUCGAAUCACUCUGUCUCGCUGAUAAUGAACUACAGGGUCUGAUACCGGAAAGCUUAGCUCGAUCUCCAAACUUGUAUGAUCUCAGAUUAUUCGACAAUUCGUUAACUGGUCCUCUUCCCAAUGAUCUCGGAAGCAAUUCCUCUCUGAAAACACUUGACGUGUCGUUCAAUAAACUCUUCGGUGAACUUCCGAGUAGCUUAUGCGAAAAGGGCGAAUUAUUUGAUCUAGUACUGAUCGGAAAUUCCUUUUCCGGUGAGCUUCCUGUAAGUCUGGGAGAAUGCAAGAGUUUAGGAAGGGUUAGGCUGAGCUCGAACAAACUUUCCGGGGAAGUUCCGGGCGUAAUUUGGGGGUUGCCUCAUGUUUAUCUCCUUGAUCUUGCUGAUAAUUUGUUCUCAGGUAACCUCUCAUCCGCUAUCUCCGGUGGGGUCAAUCUUUCGUCGAUUAUUGUUUCCGGGAACACCUUCUCUGGUGGCAUACCUGAUGAAAUAGGAUCUUUAAGCAAUUUGGUUGAGUUCAUAGCUGGUGAUAAUAAGUUAACCGGAGGUAUUCCAGAAUCAUUCUUCAAAUUGAAUCAUCUGGGGACACUUGAUCUUAGUGGAAACGAUUUCUCCGGCCAGAUUCCUACACAAAUUGGAUCACUAAAACAGCUCAACGAGCUAAAUUUAGCAAACAAUAGGUUCACCGGAGAAAUCCCCGACGAAAUCGGUGACCUCCCAGUUCUUAAUUAUCUCGAUCUUUCCGGUAAUUCGUUCAACGGAAACAUCCCAUCCGGAUUAGAUAACUUGAUGCUGAAUUCACUCAAUUUAUCAAACAAUCAUCUCUCCGGACCAAUCCCUUCUGCAUACGCUAAAGACGUUUACCGAGAUAGCUUCUUGGGGAACCCAGAUUUAUGCGGCGGAUUCACCCAUCGUUGUCCCCAAACCGACCAAUCAAAAACAAAUCAUAAUCUAUGGCUGCUCCGGCUCAUUUUCGUAUUUUCCGGCAUAGUUUUGGUAAUCGGCGUAUCCUGGUUCAUUUUCAAGUAUCGAAGCAUCAACAACACGAAGAAUGAAUCCCCAAUUUCAAUAUCGAAAUGGCGAUCGUUUCACAAAUUGGGUUUUAACGAAUUCGAAAUCAUUCAUCGAUUAAACGAAAAUAACGUAAUCGGAAGCGGCGCUUCUGGGAAAGUCUACAAAGCGAUUCUCAGCAACGGUGAAGCGGUGGCAGUGAAAAAACUCUGGGAACGAUCGAUUAAAACUAAUACUAUAACAGAUUCAGCACAAAAAGACGAGUUCGAGAGUGAAGUCGAAACAUUAGGGAAGAUUCGGCAUAAAAAUAUUGUUAGAUUAUGGUGUUGUUGCAAGAGUGGAAACUCGAGGUUUUUGGUGUAUGAAUAUAUGCCAAAUGGAAGCUUAGGAGAUUUGUUGCAUAGUAGUAAAGGUGGAUUAUUGGAAUGGCCGAUGAGAUUUAAGAUUGUUCUUGAUGCGGCUGAGGGACUUUCAUAUUUGCAUCAUGAUUGUGUUCCUCCUAUUGUUCAUCGUGAUGUUAAAUCGAAUAAUAUUUUGCUCGAUGAGGAAUAUGGUGCAAGAAUUGCGGAUUUUGGUGUUGCGAAGUUUAUCGAGUUGGGAAAUAAAGGAUCCGAGUCGAUGUCGGUUGUUGCCGGUUCUCGUGGUUACAUAGCCCCAGAAUAUGCAUAUACGCUUCGCGUGACUGAAAAGAGCGACAUAUACAGCUUUGGAGUGGUGAUUCUUGAACUCGUGACCGGAAGAAAACCAAUUGACCAGGCGUUUGGCGAGCGAGACCUAGCCACAUGGGUGCACACAACGGUUAACCAAAAGGGUUAUGACCACGUGAUUGACCCUGAGCUAGAGUAUGAGUCCAAGGACCAAAUAUGUCGGGUUCUUGAUAUCGGUUUGUUAUGUAUUAGCCAACUUCCAAUGAACCGACCCUCGAUGCGAACCGUGGUCAACUUACUUCAAGAGGCUGCAGCCGAUGGCAAACUAAAAGCUACCAUGAAUAAAGAUGUGAAAUCAUCUCCUUAUUAUGAAGAAGAUAGCUCCGAUCAAGCAAGUUUGGUUUGAUCGAUUGAAAGACUUGUACAUUGUGCGACGAAUGUUGUACAUUAUGCAUCAAAUGUUGUACAUUGUGCAUUAAAAAUGAGCAAGAUUUGUAGGAGUUACGAGUGUCACUAGUUAGACUACUACACUUAGCUUUUAUUAGUGCAACUCUAGUGAUUUGAUGUAUCAUUUAGUUGUAUCAUUAGCAACGUAAUUAUAUCCUUAGCAAAAACAAGUCUUUUUCAAUGAUUUAUAAAUAUAAGACUAUGC